UAUUCGUCAAAAGGCCAAAAAGUAAAAAACCCUUGUCUGGUUUGAGUUACCAUAUAUUUCACAUUAACACACAUCUCAAACAAAAAGAAACAUUAUAUUAAAACCAACAAAUUCCUUUCACACCCCAACCCCCCAAAACACAAACCUACUAUAUAUGUAACAAAGUUUGGGUCUCCAUACAAAUUGUUCUUGAAGAUAAAAAAUGAACAGAAAUUAUAAAGGUUUUCAUGGUGAUUCAGGUGGGUUUGAAUGUGGAUACUAUGAUGAUGAGAUUCAGAGCCUUUUAAAUUUUCCGUCUUCUUACUGGUCUGUUCCAUCUCAACCUCUUGAACUAGAUCAUCGCCCGUUCAAGAAUGGUAAAAGUUCAGAAGAGAAAAAUGAAGAUCAGAAAAUAAUUAAGGUUGCAUGUUCAACUAGCCAAAACAACAGGGAACUUAAAACGGAUCAAGAAGAGGUCACUACGAUCAGUAGUCACAGCCUUUCCGAAAGACUAAGAAGACAAAAGAUAAAUGAGAGGAUGAAGUUUCUGCAAGAUCUUGUUCCAGGGUGCAACAAGGUAACUGGGAAGGCAUUAAUGCUUGAUGAGAUUAUCAACUAUGUUCAGUCAUUACAACGACAAGUAGAGUUUCUAUCUAUGAAACUUGCCACUUACUCGGAGAUGGAAGUCUUUGACAUGGGACCGCUUUUAUCAGAAGAUAAAGUAAGUUACACAAAUAUUCAUUAUAGUUGACUAAUUAAACCAUACCCAUUGUAUUUGACAAGAUAAUAAUGAACUUUUUAUUUAUUUUAUUUGUAAGAAUCGGAAUAUUUUUAGUAAUGCGUUACUUUUUAUUUUGGAAAGAAUUAAUAAUUAAUUAAUGGGGAAAUGGGAGGAAAGUAAAAUGUUUUACCAUGUUA